UCCUGGUAUUGGAACAGCUGAUUGUCUUUAUCUUCAAAGUGCAGUUUCCCAGGUUCUUCACACGGUGAGUGAUUUUCAGUUGCGCAUCCUGGUUGUGAUGUUAGGAGACACUUGAUUCCUUUUAAGUCUUCCAUUUCAGCAGGUGACCGCUCGUUUAGGUUCAGGGUGGAGGCUCUGGUUUUCUUUUGUGCCUUUAGUUCCAACCAGAGCUUAGAUCUCAGAGCCCUAGCAAAGCUGUCCUGGCCUGUCUCAUUCUCUAUAAUGUGGGGUCCCCACCCCAUCCCUACUGCUCUCCAGGAUGUCUGGUGUCACUGUGUCACCAUCUAAGAUGGGGAGCUGAAGCUGCUGACCUGAGUGGAGGGCAGGGCUUGGCUGAUGCUGUGGCUGUGGGCAGAUUGGACCACCUGCCUGACUGUGGGAUCUGAGUGAAGCUAACCCAUCAGCAGUUACCAGUGUAGGAGGAAACCCACAGCCUGGGCCCCUUGCUCGUGCCUGGCAAUGCUCAGGGCCACCAAGGUCAUUGGCUGCUCUGCUCAUAGACAGACAGACAAAGCCACUGAUAUGCUCUGGAAACGCCCUCACCAUCCCAUUGGUCCCUCUGCUUCUGCGUACUUGGCUGUGGACCACGAUCUCCGCCUUUGCCCCAGCUGAGUAGUUGGAGCUGGCUGAGGCCUUGGGGCUGCGGGGCAAUGAGGGCAGCUCUCUGGACCUUGGGUCUUGGCAUCCUUCUCCCCGCUGUCAGGGCACUCCCCGGUGGUGGACCCAGUGACCUGCGGCUGGCCUACAGGCACAGUCCGUGCGAUGGGGUGGUGCUGGUCCGGCAUGAAGGGGAGUGGGGACACGUGUGCAACCAGGAGUGGACGCUGAAGGAGGCAUCGGUGGUCUGCAGGCAGCUGGGCUGUGGCCAGGCCGUGGGCGCCCCCAAGUAUGUCCCGCUGUCCGGAGAGGUGGUGCGGCCCUGGCUCCACAACGUGUCCUGCAGGGGCGACGAGGCCUCCCUCUGGGGGUGCAGCCUGGGGGCGUGGACACAGAGCCAGUGCCCCCAUGAGUGGGUGGUGGUUGCUCUGUGUUCCAACGGCACUUUCCGGGAAGUCCGGCUGGUGAAGGGCCGAAGCCCCUGUGCGGGACUCCCCGAGAUCAGGAACGUGAACGGGGUGGAUCGCCUCUGCGGCCUGCACCAGGAGGAGGCCACAGUGUUUUGCCGGGAGCUGGGGUGUGGCCCUGCCCUCCAGGCCUCCCGUCAGGAUGAGGGCGUCGCCGGGAAGUACAUGACCUGCACGGGCACCGAGCAGACCAUUCGCAACUGCAGACUCAACAACAACCUUCGCAAAGGUUGCGACUUCCAGCAAGACGCCCAGGUGGUCUGCUCAGGACAUACGGAGGCCCGGCUGGCAGGGGGUGAGCACCCCUGCGCUGGGCGCCUGGAGGUGAGACGUGGACUGACCUGGGGCACCAUCUGUGACGCCGACCUGGACCUGGCCACGGCCCACGUGGUGUGCCGGGAGCUGCAGUGCGGCAUGGCUGUGUCCACACCCCAGGAUGCCCACUUUGGCCGGGGCUCCGGGCCCGUGUGGACAGAGGCCUUCCGUUGCACCGGCAAUGAGUCCCUGCUGUUCCACUGCACUCGGAGGCCCGGGCACCAGUGUGGGCACAGCCAGGACGCUGGGCUCAGGUGCUCAGAGUUCCGGCUGGUCAAUGGCAGCAGCGCCUGCGAGGGGCGCGUGGAGCUCCAGGUUCAGGGGCGCUGGGCGCCCGUCUGUGCUGCCCGCUGGGACCUCACAGACGCCACGGUCCUCUGCCAGCAGCUCAACUGUGGCAAUGCGGUGGCCACACGCCCAGGAGGCCAUUUUGGGGACGGGGACGCAGGCAUCUGGCCCGAUGCGUUUCACUGCGUGGGGACCGAGCCCUACCUGUGGAAUUGCCCAGUGAGCACGCUGGGGGCCCCCACCUGCGCCCGCGGCAACGCGGCCACCGCGGUCUGCUCAGGUCUCCCGCACGCCCUGCGGCUGAGGGACGGACAGAGCCGCUGCGACGGCCGCGUGGAGGUGUCCCUGGACGGCGUGUGGGGCCGCGUGCUGGACGACGCGUGGGACCUGCGCGGCGCGGGCGUCGUGUGCCGGCAACUGGGCUGCGGAGAGGCCGAGCGAGCCUAUGAGGCGCCGGCGCCCGGGCGCGGGGCGGUCCCGCUGGGGCUGAGCCGCGCGCGCUGUCUGGGCACCGAGACCCGCCUGACCCAGUGCAACGUGUCCUUGUCCCCGCUGGUGCCCGAGGGGGAGUCUCGGGACGCGGGUGUCGUGUGCGCUGGGAGCCUCCGGGUGAGGCUGGCCUCUGGGCCGGGCCGCUGUGCCGGGCGCGUGGAGGUGCUGCACCAGGGGGUGUGGGGCACCGUGUGUGACGACGGCUGGGACCUGCGGGACGCCCACGUGGUCUGUGAGCAGCUGGGCUGUGGCCACGCGCUGAGCGCCCCCGGGGCGGCGCACUUUGGGGCGGGGGCCGGGCACAUCUGGAUGGAUGAACUGGGCUGCGAGGGCCAUGAGUCUGCGCUGUGGCGGUGCCCGUCUGGGGGCUGGGGUCUGCAUGACUGCGGGCACAAGGAGGACGCCGGCGUCUUCUGCUCAGGGUCAGUGGCUCUGAGGCUUCGAGGUGGCAGUGGCCGCUGUGCUGGGUGGCUGGACGUGUUCUACAACGGGACCUGGGGCGCCGUGUGCAGUAAUGCCCUGCGGGACACUUCCUUGUCCGUCAUCUGCGAGCAGCUGGGCUGUGGGGGGCAGGGCUGGCUGGAGAACAGGCCUGUCCACACGAGCUUGGGUACCUCCUGGGUGGACAACAUCCAGUGCCGCAGGCUUCGAAACACCACGCUGUGGCAGUGCCCCUCAGCCCCGUGGCACCCACACUCCUGUGCCCGUGGAGAGGAGGUCUGGCUCACCUGUGCAGGAGUGUCAGAGAAAACCACACAGGAUCCCAGGCAGACCUUCAACUGCUCAUCCACUGACAGUUGCCCAGAGGAGGGCGCGCUGCGUGUGCGUGGCGGCGAGGACCGCUGCUCUGGCCGCGUGGAGCUCUGGCACGCUGGCUCCUGGGGCACCGUGUGUGACGACUCCUGGGACCUGGCAGACGCCGAGGUUGUGUGCCGCCAGCUGGGCUGUGGCCGGGCUGUGGGCGCCCUGGUGGGGGCCGCCUUCGGGCCGGGCUCUGGGCCGGUGUGGCUGGAUGAGGUGGGGUGCCGGGGCAGCGAGGCGUCCCUGUGGGGCUGCCCUGCAGAGCCGUGGGGACUUGGAGACUGCGGGCACAAGGAGGAUGCGGGAGUGCGCUGCUCAGGUGACUGGGGGACCACAGUCCUGCCUUCGCCAUCAGGCUCUCCUCUGGCCCUUCAACCUGCCCGCCAGGCGGGGACUCUGCCCGUGACUCUCUGCCUGGUCCUCGGCCCCCUCCUGGCUGUCAUCUCACUGGUCCUGGGGGCACGGUGGCUCCGGGGCAGAGGAGCCUGCAGGGGUUCUGGAACCUUGGGGAAUCUGCCCUCGGAAGGUGUUUAUGAGGACAUUGGAGCUGUCCCCCUGGGGGAGAAGGACGAGGGGCUCAGAGCGUCUGGGGCCCCGGUGCUGGAGGAGGAGUAUGACGACGCGGAGGAGCCCGGGCUCGACCCCGAGGAGGAGGAAGCGGAGGAGGGGCCCCCUGCCCUCUGCAGGUGGGGCUCCUCACAGCUCAGGCUGGGAAGGAAGAUCACGGCAGCCUCUGCCCCAGGACGUGCUGACCACGAGCCAACCCCGGGGACCUCCACCAGACCAGAGGGCGGGGGAGAGCCCAGCGGGCCGGGGCUUUCAUUUUCCUCAAUUCUUCAAGAGAUUUAGUAAAUCAUUCAUCAUAAUUCA